AACGACAUCGUAGAGGAUCCAACGGUCCGCAUAUAAGGCAGACGAACUCAUCGUCUCUCUCACUGUCUAUCAGAAGUCAGGUAGAGGCCUCAAAGCAAUCAAAUCCAAACCCUAAAACCGAAACCCGAAGAAGAAGAAGAGGAAGACUGAGCUCCGAUAUGGCCUUCUCUUCCCGCCUCUUAUCCAAAUCCAGACAGUUGUGUGGCAAUGGAGUCAUUCUUCAACAGGAGCGUGUUAUUCCAGUCCGUUACUUUGCUAAGGAAGCAAAUCGCCCUGUGCUAAAGGGUGAUGAGAUGCUGAAGAACAUCUUCUUGGAUGUUAAAAAGAAGUUUGAGACAGCCCUUGGAAUACUUCGCAAAGAGAAGAUCACCAUAGACCCAGAGGAUCCAGCCGCUGUUUCUCAGUAUGCCAACGUCAUGAAAACUAUAAGACAGAAGGCAGAUCUGUUCUCAGAAUCUCAACGCAUCCAACACACGAUCCAAAGCCGAACACAAGAUAUCCCAGAUGCUAGAACAUACCUGUUGACUUUGAAAGAAAUUAGGAUCAAGAGAGGUAUCACUGAUGAACUUGGUGCAGAGGCUAUGAUGAUGGAUGCAUUGGAGAAAGUUGAAAACGAACUGAAGAAACCUCUUUUGAGGAAUGAUAAGAAAGGGAUGGCUCUUCUCCAGGCAGAAUUUGAGAAAAUAAACAAGAAGCUUGGAAUUCGGAAGGAGGAUCUACCAAAGUAUGAAGAACAGCUAGAACUCAAGAAAGCGAAAGCACAGCUGGAGGAACUUAAGAAGGAUGCUCUUGAGGCGAUGGAAACUCAAAAGAAACGGGAGGAAUUCAAAGAUGAGGAAAUGGUUGAUGUGAAGUCUUUGGACAUCCGAAACUUCAUCUAAUGAUCCGGGAUUUACCUUCACUGGCUUGUUUUGAAAUCAACCAAAUGUUGGUAGAAUCUGGAAGCUGAUGACUUUCUAGGGUAUGGGAAUAGCCCUCCUGUUUUAAUAAGGCCCUAUUGGUUUGGAGUGCAAUUGUGCCAAUCGAUCAAGAUUAUGCGCUCUUUUAUAUUUUUUGGAUUUACUUAUACAUUGCCAGGUGAGAACUGGGUGCCUGUUAUCACUGAGAGUUACUUUCACUACAUAAAAAGUGAUUGAAUUUAUAAACCUCCUCUUGUUAUAUUU